UUUUUUUUUUCCUCUCUUUCUUUUUCCUCCUCCUGUAUUUUAGCAUAUGUUCCUGAGGAGGAACUGAAAGCAGCAGAAAUAGAUGAAGACAGCGUGGAAGAUGAUGGGCUGUCUCUGGACAUCCAGGAGAAUGAGUAUUUGUGCAAUGAAGAAACGGAGAUCAAAGAGGCUCAAAGCUACCAGAACUCCCCAGUCAGCACUGCAACUAAUCAGGAUGCAGGCUACGGUUCGCCGUUUAGUGAAAACAGCGAUCAGCUGGCCCAUUUCAAAAGCACUUCCUCUAAAGAAGAGAAAGAAGAUCCUCAGUGCACAGACAAUGUUUCCUAUCCACAGGACAGCUUGGCACAAAUAAAAGCUGUGUAUGCAAAUUUGCUUUCGGAGACUUGCUGGUCCAGUUUAGCUUUGGACUUAAAGAAAUCCAAUCCAACCACCAGCAACAAUGGAAUCAGCCAGAACGAAACCACCACCAGUACUGACACCAACGUCAGUUCCCAGAGUACUGGCACUACCAGUACCAACACUAGUACCAGUACAACCACCAGUAAUACUAGCAACAGCAGUAGUAACAGCAACAGUGGUGGCUCAGGUUAUGACUGGCAUCAAGCUGCGUUAGCUAAAACGUUGCAGCAGACCUCCUCGUAUGGACUUCUCCCAGAGCCUAGUCUUUUCAGCACAGUACAACUUUACCGGCAAAAUAAUAAACUUUAUGGGUCCGUGUUCACCGGUGCUAGUAAGUUCCGAUGCAAAGACUGCAGUGCUGCCUAUGACACACUGGUGGAGCUAACAGUGCACAUGAAUGAAACUGGACAUUAUCGUGAUGACAACAGAGAUAAAGAAGCUGAUAAGACCAAAAGGUGGUCAAAGCCAAGAAAACGGUCGCUUAUGGAAAUGGAAGGCAAAGAGGAUGCUCAAAAAGUGCUGAAAUGCAUGUACUGUGGGCAUUCAUUUGAGUCCUUGCAAGACCUCAGUGUGCAUAUGAUAAAAACAAAGCAUUACCAGAAAGUGCCUCUGAAGGAGCCAGUACCAGCCAUCACUAAAUUGGUCCCUUCUACCAAAAAGCGAGCACUUCAGGACUUAGCUUCACCUUGCUCACCUGAGCCAACAGGGAUCGCUGCAGAAGCUUCACUGGCUGAGUCUGCAAAGGAUCAGAAAACUGCCAACCCCUACGUGACUCCAAACAACCGCUAUGGCUAUCAAAAUGGUGCUAGCUACACUUGGCAGUUUGAGGCACGCAAAUCCCAGAUUCUGAAGUGCAUGGAAUGUGGGAGUUCUCAUGACACUUUGCAGCAGCUCACUGCCCACAUGAUGGUUACUGGUCAUUUCUUGAAAGUGACCAAUUCUGCUUCCAAAAAAGGUAAACAACUAGUACUGGACCCUGUGGUGGAGGAGAAGAUACAAUCUAUACCUCUCCCACCUACCACCCACACGAGGCUACCAGCCUCCAAUAUUAAAAAGCAGCCCGAUUCCCCGGUGGGAUCCACAAACUCGGAGGAAAAGAAAGACCCAGAGAAAGAAAAAGUGGUGGUCGGUGAAACAGAGAAAAAGAUUAAAGAAGAGAAUGAGGACUCUACGGAGAAAUUUGAGCCGACAGCUUUGUAUCAGUACCUCAGAGAGGAGGAUCUAGAUGAUAGUCCUAAAGGUGGAAUAGACAUAUUAAAAUCCCUUGAGAACACGGUGACAACAGCUAUCAGCAAAGCUCAGAAUGGCGCACCUUCCUGGGGGGGAUAUCCCAGUAUUCAUGCAGCCUACCAGCUCCCAGGCACAGUCAAACCCCUUCAGACCACUGUGCAGAGUGUUCAAAUGCAGCCAUCUUAUGCCAGCAGUGUAAAAUCACUGUCUUCAGAACACAAUGCACUCAUCCAUUCCCCAGGCAAUCUCACACCCCCACCUCACAAGAGCAAUGUAUCUGCUAUGGAAGAGCUGGUCGAGAAAGUUACAGGUAAAAUCAAUGUGAAGAAGGAAGAAAAGCCUUUGGAGAAAGAGAAGAGUUCUCCAGUCAAACCCAUGUCACCUGCUGCUAAGGAAAACAAAGACUUCCCCAAAUCGGAAGAAAUAAAUAACAAACAGCAGCAGAAGAAGAGCUCUGAGACAGAAGUUCAGAAGGUAAAAAAGGACAGUCCGGCAGAAGCACAUACUCCAAAUGGUACAGAGCCACUUAAAACAAAGGUUGCAAAUGGCUGUAACAAUUUAGGAAUCAUCACAGAUCAUUCACCAGAGCCAUCCUUCAUUAAUCCAUUGAGCGCUUUACAGUCCAUUAUGAAUACCCACUUAGGCAAAAUUUCUAAGCCGGUAAGCCCCUCUCUGGACCCUUUGGCCAUGCUGUACAAAAUUAGUAACAGCAUGUUGGACAAACCCAUUUACCCAACCACUCCGGUCAAGCAGGCUGAUGCUAUCGACCGAUACUACUAUGAGAACAGCGAUCAGCCUAUUGAUUUAACUAAGUCCAAAAACAAACCUCUUGUUUCCAGUGUUGCUGACUCUGCCUCAUCUCCGCUAAGAGAGAGUGCCCUGUUGGAUAUUUCUGAUAUGGUAAAGAACCUCACGGGGCGUUUGACACCCAAAUCUUCAACUCCAUCCACCGUGUCAGAGAAGUCAGAUGCUGAUGGGAGCAGCUUUGAGGAAGCUCUGGAUGAACUGUCGCCAAUACACAAGAGGAAGGGCAGGCAGUCCAACUGGAAUCCUCAACAUCUUCUGAUCCUUCAAGCCCAGUUUGCUUCCAGCUUGAGGGAGACCUCAGAAGGCAAAUACAUUAUGUCGGACCUCGGUCCACAAGAGCGGGUACACAUCUCUAAGUUUACUGGUCUUUCCAUGACCACAAUUAGCCACUGGCUGGCCAAUGUGAAGUAUCAGCUAAGAAGGACAGGUGGAACUAAAUUUUUAAAGAAUUUGGACACAGGACAUCCUGUUUUCUUUUGCAAUGAUUGUGCCUCUCAGUUCAGGACUGCUUCUACAUACAUAAGUCACUUAGAGACACAUCUAGGGUUUAGUUUGAAGGAUCUGUCAAAGUUGCCACUUAAUCAGAUUCAAGAACAGCAGAAUGUUUCGAAAGUCCUCACAAACAAGACUUUGGGCUCACUUGGAAUAGCUGAGGAGGACUUAGGCUCCACAUUCCAGUGUAAGCUCUGUAACCGAACUUUUGCAAGCAAGCAUGCAGUCAAACUGCACCUUAGUAAAACACAUGGCAAGUCCCCAGAGGACCAUCUGAUCUAUGUAACUGAGUUAGAAAAACAAUAGUGUCCAGGUAAGCAGCCAGGUAUGCAAGUGACCACAGGAACAUUGCACUAAACUUCUUCAUAGUACUGCACUAGGCCUGACCUGAGCCUCUGAAAUCAGUCUUACUUUUGUUGCUGAACUGCCUAUCUGGACCUUGGUUUUUCUUACCCUUAUUUUGUAGUUAUAUUUAUAUGCUCUUUGUCUGAUCUGUGCAUGGUUAUUUUUUGUUUCUGUUUUUAUUUUUAUUUUUUUGUGAGUCAAAGUCUGACCUUUAUUUUCAACAUCUGUCCUUGAUGUUAAGCUAUCUUUUGUAGAAUAUAGUGGGAGACGCUAUUGAGAGACAUUAAUUUAGCCGUAAAGAAAGACACAAAGAACAAUGAUAAAGAGACAUCCUAAAAUUACAAAGUUGCCAUGACAAUAAAGGUCACAGAACCUGGUAGUGUCAAGUUUUAACCCUCUGAGAACUGUAAUAGCAUUUCUGUGCCUUUCCCAGUGACUAAAUGAGUAAAUAAGGAGAAACGAAACAAAAGGCUUCAAGGCAUUUCAUUCAAAUAAAAUGUGUGUCACAAACAGAACUUUUUUUUUAUUAAAUGAAUGAGCUUUUUUAUUUUAUUUUUUGUUUUUUGGGGUUUGUUUUAAACGCAGAACUGGUUUGUGAAGAAAUUGUGCAUGCAGUCCUUGGAAGAAGGGAGAGCUGUGUAGUACUCAAGGGGUUAGGAAGCCACAACUGUAUAAGUUCAAUGAUGAUUAAAAAGGAAAACAAAUUGCCAGUAGUAUGCCCAAACCCUCUGGAUGCUGAGAAUUGCCACUUUUUGGCAGAAAAAAAAAAAAGAAAAGAAAAAAAAAAGAAAAAAAAAAAGUUAAAAAAAGAAGUAUGCAAGCUGUUAUUUAAAACAAAUGUACAAAUGCUCUUUUAUUUCUUUUUCUUUUUUUUUCUUUUCCUGUAAAAUACUGCAGUUUAUAGUUAUUUACAAAUGUUAAGCUUUGGUACAAGCUGACCUUUCUAUAGUGUGCUGCAUUAGUAAACGAAAACAAAACAAAACAAAAAAAGUAAUGGGGCAAAUGUUGAAUUCUGUUCCUUGUAAAUUGCCAGCAUCAGCUUAAAAAAUACAUGUUACAUAUCGUACCAUUUUAAACUGUUCAACUUUCUUUGUACCUUCUGGCUGUAUGCUUUCUCUUUUAACUUUUUAUAUUGUCAUUUUAUAUUCAAUUUCUGUGUAUAUAAUGUAAAACCACACUUUUUGAAUAAAAUUUAGUUCCUGCAGCUUGAUAUAAAUAGAGAAAUUUUACUGGCACCUGCAUCUUUCCAGAUGCAUGUACUUAAAGGAACUAUCUGACAAAAAUAAAUAAAUAAAUAAAAAUAAAGCAAGCAAUGCACUAUGAAUUAUACAUUUUGAUGUUUUAUCAUUAAUAUUGUACAGUACAUUUUGGUUCACACAAUUAAAUCCACUGUUUUCUCAAGUGUAAAAUAAACCCACAUGCAGUUCUUGAUUUACA